AUGGAAAUGGGCGACAGCUUCGAGUACUACUGGGAGACGCAGCGGUACCUGGAGUCAGAAGAGCUCAGCAUCUACCUGGGCACGCAGGAUGACGCCCUGUCCUGCUACGACUCCAGCUCGCCGGACGGCUCCAUCUCCAACUCGUCCUGGGCGCCGGCGGCGGCGGGGAUGGUGACCACGGCGGCGGCCGGAAAUGAGAAGGCCCCCGCCGCCGCGGGAGGAGGUGCGGCGGCGGCGGCGGCGGCCGCCGCGAACAAGAACAUCCUCAUGGAGCGCGACCGCCGGAGCAAGCUCAACGAGAAGCUCUACGCGCUGCGCAGCGUCGUGCCCAACAUCACCAAGAUGGACAAGGCGUCGAUCAUCAAGGACGCGAUCGAGUACAUCGAGCAGCUGCAGGCGGAGGAGCGGCGGAUGCUACAGGAGGUGCGCGCGCUCGAGGCCGCCGAGGAGCGUGUCGACUACGAGUACGACGAGGGCGCGCUCCUGCAGGCGGCGGAGCGGGGGAAGAAGAAGAUGAAGCGGACGCAGUCCGUGCCUUCCUCCGUCGUCCCGGCGCCCGUGGAGGUCCUGGAGCUGCGCGUGUCGGAGGUGGGCGACCGCGUGCUGGUGGUCAACGUGACGUGCGGCAAGGGUUGCGACACCAUGGCCCGCGUGUGCCGCGCCAUCGAGGAGCUCCGGCUCCGCGUCAUCGCCUCCAACAUCACCUCCGUCGCCGGCUGCCUCAUGGACACCAUCUUCGUCGAGGUGGAUUUGGAUCAAGCGAAUCUUGUUCAAAUGAAGCACAUGAUUGAGGCCGCUCUGACUCAGCUAGAUGCCGCCGGGAGUCCGCCAAGUGUGAUGAGCUAUUAG